UUGUGAUUUUCAGUCUUUAUAUAUUUUUUAUUCAAAUCCAUUAAUUUAUCUGUAAUUCGCAAUUUAAACGUUACAGCGCAUUUUUAACGCUAAUUAAUAAGUUAAUAUCCGUGAGCAUUUUGCGAGUAACUUUUUAAAUCAAUUCACUUAUAGCGCAAUACAAAAUGUUGGAGGUUAUAAAUGGAUUUCUCUUGGUUUAUUUUGUUAUUUUAUGUACACUCAGUGUAUUGGUUCCUCAGUUAGUGAAACCGAUAGCUGCAUGUUUCUCAAGACCUUCCAAUGAGGAAAGAACAAUAUGGUCCCAAAUCUUGAAACUGAAAUCAGAACAGAAAAGCAUAUCCAUGAAGGACGAGUUUGCUGCCUAUUCUAAGAUACAGCGAAAGAUAAACAAACUUGAGAGUCAACUGAAAGAUGAUUCGCAGACGCGUAUCGGGAAGAAUAUCGCUGUCAAAGGUACUAUACAACUGGCUCUUCAGAUCGGAGUGGGUGUCACGACGCUGCUAUCUGUCAUCUGGUUCAGGCGGGAACCUAUCGUAGCUCUGAAAGGCGACCUAUUCCCCCUGACUACAAUGCUACGGUACCCGAGUGACAUGCCAAAUGCUAUUUCCACUCACGUGUGGGUACUGAUAUCCAAUGUAUCAAUCAGAACUCUUCUGAAACCCAUAAUCUCGUAAUUAAUUGUCUGUUAUUUCUGUUUUAAUUUAUUUGCAUUGAUGUUGGAAUGGUUUUGAAAUAAAUAGUUUUUACAUUUGCA